AUGUCACAGCUCGUGCAAUAUGAGCCGUUUGUGGAUAACACGACAAAACUGUUCCUCAAACAAACCGAAAAAUUCUUUGUCAACAAUCCUGAGGGCUGCGACUUUACACGCUGGUUGCAGUUCUACGCCUUUGACGUCAUUGGAGAGAUUACAUAUACCAAACGCCACGGGUUCAUUGAGAAAAACGAGGACAUAGACGGGAUCGUUGCGUAUCUGUCAUGGCUCUUCCUCUAUGUGGCUCCGGUCGGACAAAUACCAUUCCUGGAUCUUCUCUUCCUGAAGAACCCCAUCUACCUGAAGUUGUCACAGUAUGGCCUGAUCGACUCUACAUUCCCCGUCGCCAAGUUUGCGCGCGCACGAAUGGCUGAGCGCCUGCCGGACAUUGUUGAGGGCAAAGGCCCCAUUCUACCGACCAAGGCCGAAAAACGCCCAGCGGCCGAUCUGCUCUCCAAGUUCCUCGCAGCCCAGGAGGCGCGCCCCGAGUUCAUGUCUGACACGCUUGUUCAGACAAUGGCUGUGUCCAUGGCCUUUGCCGGUUCGGAGACGACGGCUAUUUCACUCUCUGCCGUAUUCUACUAUCUUUUGCGCAACCCCGCCGCAUUGAAAAGCCUGUACGAGGAGCUGGACAACGCUGCCCACAAUGGUCAUUUCAGCGACAAUGAAACAGGCCUGGUGACGUGGCACGAGAGCCAAGGGCUGCCGUACCUCGACGCCUGUGUCAAAGAGGCCUUCCGUCUGCACCCGGCGGCCGGCCUGCCAUUAGAGCGCAUUGUCCCACCGGGCGGCACCGAGAUCGCGGGCCACUUCAUCCCCGGCGGCACCAUUGUCGGUUGCUCGGCCUGGGUCCUGCACCACACCAAGGAGGUCUUUGGUGACGACUCGGAUACCUACCGGCCUGAGCGCUGGCUGGUCGACGAGUCCAAGGUAGCGGCCGCCAAAGAGGACCAAAAGGCCGAGGUGCGUGAGCGCGAAGAGCUGCGCAUCAAGGAGAUGAACGGCAUGAUGCUGCAGUUUGGCAUGGGCUCGCGGACGUGCAUCGGCAAAAACAUUAGCCUGCUCGAGAUUUACAAAGUUGUUCCCAGUCUUCUGCGGAGAUUUGAAAUUGAUUUCGUUGACCCGAAGCAAGAGUGGAAGCUGAUCAACGCCUGGUUUGUGAAGCAGACCAACUUCUGGACGACUUUCAAGGUCCGGGAACUGGUCCGGCCUCAGUCGGCAUAG